ACGAAAUAUACGAUAGCUCAGAAAGAGAAGUAGUACAACUCAACAGCGGAGCAGACGAUUUUUUAAUUUUCAAAUAGCACGACACUUAGCGAAAAAUCAAAAAUCUUUUUGAUAUUAAGAUAUUACAUUUGAACAGAGAACAACGAUGAAGUAAUAAUUUCCUUACACAUUUCUUUAUACCAUAAUAAUAUUAACAAUAACAGAAAUAUGUGUAAAGUGAUCAAGUCAGAUAUUGCAAGUUAUGUCAAGAUAGAUACUAUUUUCAUUUAUAUAAAGAAGAAUAUAUGUCACAAGAUGGAAUAAGAAAAAUACUGAGAUUUUAUUGAAUGAACUGACUGCAUUGUGACUUUUGCUGUGUAUGCUAAUUUCAUUGCUUGGAACAAAUAUAACCUUCAAAGAAAAUAAGGAUUUAUUUCACGGAAAGACUUGCAGAAAUAUUCAACAUGAUUUCAGUAAAAUCAAUAAUAAUUUAUAGUAUAUCAAUACUGUUUUUCAUAUAUGUUUGUUUACUAUAUAUUCUUGGAGUGGCAAGAUACAUGACUGAUUUUGAAGAAAAUACAUGUGAAAUGACAUAUAUGUUUGAAUACCCGCAAUAUGUGAGAAUAUCCUUAGAAAAUGAUAUAGAAGAAAAAUAUCCACGAUUUGCAUUAUAUGCCUAUGGGGAAGGCUCAGUUACAGAAAAAUUGAGAAGAAUGCAUUUUUCUGGAAUUCCAGUUCUUUUUAUACCAGGCAAUGCAGGAUCUCACCAACAAGUAAGAUCUAUUGCUUCAGUAAGUUUAAGGAAAAGUUUAAAAAACAGGACACCAUACCACUUUGACUUUUUUACCGUUUCAUUUAGCAAGGAUUAUUCUGCAUUGUAUGGAGGUGUGCUUAUGGAACAAACUAUUUAUGUAUCGCAUUGUAUAAAGGCGAUAUUAGCCUUGUAUAAGGGUAAAAUGGACAGUGUUGUACUAAUAGGACAUUCUAUGGGUGGCAUUAUAGCAAAGGGAGCCCUUUUAUUGGCGCCAGAUAUGAAUGCUUCCUUUGCAAACAUGAUAAUAAACUUAGCUACUCCUCACACUCCCGUAUUGGUUCUUGACAGUGGAUUUGCCAGUUAUUAUUACGAAUUGGAGAACCGUUCAGGUAUGAUUAAAGAUGCAGGAACAAAAGUGGUAUCCAUCGGGGGCGGACCACGCGAUGUACUUGUGACUGCCGCGCAAACUUUCGAUCGCACAGCAGAUAUCAACGUUCUUUCGACGAGCGUGCCCGCCGUUUGGAAAUCCACGGAUCAUUUGAGCAUUCUAUGGUGCAAGCAAUUGGUGUUAGCGAUCGUACGUUCUCUAUUCGAUACUGUAGAUACGAAGAAGCGGUCUAGAAUCACAUCGAAUCCCGACUUGAAAAUGCAGGCCUUGUCCUAUCACUUUUUACAACGUAGUUCCGGUAAGAAGCUAUACCACUACGAAGAGAAAGUGCAAUUUGAAACCAACGGUGAAUGGAUCACUAUUGUACCUGAACAGUACGUUUGGAACAAUAAAAAUAAGAAAAUUUCAUCUACUAUAUAUCUGACGAUGAAACUGUCCCACGAAUCUGACUUUUUAACAAUCGAUGCGACAAACUUAGAGAACAAAGAUUGGUUGUUUGUAUGUAUAGCGCCCGAAAAACAGGAGCAAAGGAAAAUUUGUGAAUGGGGCUGGAACCUAACGAACAAAACGAGAAUUUUACCGGAUCCUCUGGAUCGAACAAGAAGAACCGUCGAUUUAGACCUGAAAAAAAUCGAUUAUCCGAAUGUCACGCAUGUUGUGGUGAGAAUAACUCCACACGAUUUGGAGAAAUAUCUUACUGUCAGCUUCGACUCGUAUUUUUAUGAGAGUAGAGUCGAAUCGGCAAAUGACAAAUUUAUGCAUCUUACGUAUUUCCUUGGUUUUCGUGAGUACGAUUUCGUUAAAACUGCCAAAGGCAGCAUAAGAUACUACGUGACGCUUCUCAACAUUAUGGAUGCGGUUGUGAUCGAAGUGAAAUCGCUGAGUUGUAUUGAUAAAAAGCAGCACGCUAUCGUCGAGCUGAUAGAACCGUGGAACAUGGGAGCUAUUCAAUCGAGGUUUUUCACGAACACGGAUGAUGGUCCGAAAACAAUGAAGAUUCAGACUCCUUACGAGCAUCCCAAUCAAACGGCGAGACUGAGACUAACUUUGGAUCCGGAAUGUCUUUAUGAAAUUUAUGUUCAACCAGGGGGAAUUAUCGACAAGAUCUCUUGUAGAGUACGGGACCGUUGGCCGUUGCUUUAUAUUGUGAUCAUCAGUUUACUCCUGCUUUUUUUAUCUGCAAGGAUACAUCUAGAUUCCGAUAUUAUGACAGUGAUAAUCGUAACUAUUAUGUUAUCCUUCUACCUCAACAUUAUUUACGAAACCUAUGUUGCUUUAUGUAUUAUUGGCCUAUCCGCCAUCGGUGUAUGCUUCGCAAUCAUAUUUCUCGGAUCCGUUAUAGAACACGGAAUAGUCGCUAGAUUACUAUCACGUGUAAUAGCUUACACGGACACGUGGUCAAACUACUUCGUGCGAACCUUAGUUGAGGUGCCAUUUCUUAUGACUAUCAUUAUAUUACCCCUAAAUUUCGCGAUAUGUGGGGCUUUAACCAUGAUCAUUUCGCUGUUGCUUUACUUCAUGAAAUUAACGAGGAUGUACGAAAAUUAUUUGGAACAAUUAUUAAUGGCUUCGCUUCAGCAUUUCAAAUGGUUUAAACGUUUUAAGCGUUCAAGAAACGAAGAGAGUAAUAACAGAAGUACUAGUGAAAAUGUAUACAAUCAUCUUGUUCUGUUCCUACUGUUCAGUUUCACCGCAAUACCGGCGAUUCCAUCUGUCUUAGUAUGGGCGAAGAACUUCAGCUACGACAAAAGACUUACUACAGAGGACCAUAUACUUUUUUUAAGUUGGACAGUGCUAGCUACGUGUGUUACGUUUGAUAUUACAAAAUGCAUAUCUAGGUGUAAGGGGAUGCGGUCACUUAUAUUAAGUAAUAUGGUACGUUUAUUAGGUUGGAUCAUUCUUUCGUUGACUGCAGCUCCACCACCAUUAUUUUACCAUUAUUGCAUGCCACCGAUUGUAGCUCUGGUAAUGAUACUCACUGUAUCGAUUUCUUUUUUAAAGUCUGACUAAGAUAAUAAUCGGCUCGCGAUUAUCGGAUAAUCAGAUCGCGAAAUUUUUAUUAUCAAUCGUGAUAUGGUAUUUAAAAUAAUACCAUAUCUCACACCAUUUAUAUAUCGCUUUAUUAAAGAACCAUUAUUAAUUUAUAAUAUCAUUAACUGGAAAAUGUAUUCUACAAACUCGUUGAUCAAUUUUGUUAAAUUUUAUAGCAACAAAUGCGCUCCUUUUAUAACAUGCAAAUAAAUACUAAUUCACACGAAAAUAGUUGGAAUAUAUGAUCGUGGGAUAGUUAGAUUUUUCUCGAUGUAGUUCAUUAAAUAUAUAUUUACGAAAUUUCAACAAUAAUUACAAGAUGACCAGAAAAUAUCUAUGUACGAUAAUUCAAGUUUGAAUUCCGACUUAUUGUGAUACAUAAAAAGAAAAUAUAUAUAAAGAAAAAAAUAAA